AUGACGACCCAACAGGAGGAAGAGCAGCUGCGGGACACCGAGAGUGGUGAAAAUCAAUCAUCUUUAGAAGGUCCAACUGAAACUUCUGAUUUUAGUUCAAAGGGCGACGGUUAUGACGAUAAUAUCGAACAAAGUGAAGGCCCAUUAGGUAUGGAAGUAUAUACGGUAGCAGAUAGAUCACCGGAAUAUUGGACCGAAAGAAAGAAAAAAUUCGUGUUAGAUGUAGAUCCGAAAUAUGCCAAACAGAAGGACAAGUCCGAUACGUACAAAAGGUUUAAAUAUUUACUGGGCGUCACAGAUCUUUUCCGUCAUUUUAUUGGCAUUAAGGCGAAGCAUGAUAAAAACAUUCAAAAACUGCUGAAAAAAUUAGAUUCUGAUGCCAACAAACUUUCCAAAUCACAAAGCUCCAUUUCUUCAUCAUCACGUCAUCACAGAAAAACAGAAAAGGAGGAAGAUGCUGAAUUAAUGGCUGAUGAGGAAGAGGAGAUCGUUGAUGAAUAUCAGGAAGACAUAUUCGUCUCUGAAUCUCCUUCUUUCAUCAAAUCAGGAAAAUUAAGAGACUAUCAAGUACAAGGAUUGAAUUGGUUGAUUUCGUUGCAUGAAAAUAAGUUAUCCGGUAUAUUAGCAGAUGAAAUGGGACUGGGUAAGACCUUGCAAACAAUUUCAUUUUUAGGUUAUUUAAGGUAUGUCAAACAAAUUGAUGGUCCUUUUUUAAUUAUAGUGCCGAAAUCAACAUUAGAUAAUUGGAGACGAGAGUUUCUUAAAUGGACUCCAAACGUCAAUGUUCUUGUGUUACAUGGUGACAAAGAUACAAGAGCAGACAUCGUACGCAAUAUAAUAUUGCAGGCUAGGUUUGACGUAUUAAUUACAUCUUACGAAAUGGUCAUUAGAGAAAAAAAUGCUUUAAAAAGAUUAGCUUGGCAAUACAUCGUUAUUGAUGAAGCUCACAGGAUAAAAAACGAACAAAGCGCACUAUCUCAAAUAAUUAGAUUGUUUUACUCUAAAAACAGACUUUUAAUCACAGGCACGCCCUUACAAAACAACCUACAUGAAUUAUGGGCUUUACUGAAUUUCCUAUUGCCAGAUAUAUUUGGUGAUUCAGCAUUGUUUGAUGAAUGGUUUGAACAGAAUAAUUCCGAACAGGAUCAAGAAAUUGUGGUCCAGCAAUUGCACUCAGUGUUAAAUCCCUUCUUACUGAGAAGAGUGAAAGCGGACGUUGAAAAAUCUUUAUUACCUAAAAUUGAAACGAACGUUUACGUAGGAAUGACGGAUAUGCAAAUUCAAUGGUAUAAGUCCUUACUAGAAAAGGAUAUAGAUGCCGUUAACGGUGCUGUCGGGAAAAGAGAGGGUAAAACAAGACUAUUAAAUAUUGUCAUGCAAUUGAGAAAAUGCUGUAACCAUCCGUAUCUUUUUGAAGGUGCAGAACCAGGUCCUCCAUACACUACUGAUGAACAUUUAAUUUUCAAUGCUGGAAAAAUGAUUAUAUUAGAUAAACUUCUGAAAAGAUUAAAGGAAAGGGGAUCCAGAGUAUUAAUCUUCAGUCAAAUGUCAAGAUUGUUGGAUAUAUUAGAGGAUUAUUGCUAUUUCAGGGAUUUUGAAUAUUGCAGAAUCGAUGGUUCUACCAGCCAUGAAGAACGUAUAGAGGCCAUCGAUGAGUAUAAUAAGCCAAAUUCUGAAAAGUUCGUUUUUCUGCUAACAACACGUGCCGGUGGUUUAGGCAUAAACCUUGUCACAGCAGACACAGUAAUACUUUUUGAUUCUGAUUGGAACCCUCAAGCAGAUUUACAAGCAAUGGAUAGGGCACAUAGAAUCGGCCAAAAGAAACAAGUUCAUGUUUAUAGAUUUGUCACAGAAAAUGCUAUUGAAGAAAAAGUCAUUGAGCGUGCCGCACAGAAACUAAGACUUGACCAAUUGGUUAUCCAACAGGGUACCGGUAAAAAAACAGCCUCCCUUGGUAACUCAAAAGAUGAUCUUUUGGAUAUGAUUCAGUUUGGCGCAAAAAAUAUGUUUGAAAAGAAAGCAAGCAAGGUUACCGUUGAUGCUGACAUUGAUGACAUAUUGAAAAAGGGAGAACAGAAAACACAGGAACUAAAUGCCAAAUACCAAAGUUUAGGGCUUGAUGAUCUACAAAAGUUCAACGGAAUAGAAAACCAAUCUGCUUACGAAUGGAACGGUAAAAGCUUUCAAAAAAAGUCAGACGACAAAGUUGUUGAAUGGAUUAAUCCUUCCCGAAGAGAAAGAAGGAGGGAGCAAACCACGUAUUCAGUUGAUGAUUACUAUAAGGAAAUUAUCGGUGGAGGAUCGAAAUCAGCAAGUAAGCAAAUUCCACAAACAAAGGCACCACGUGCUCCAAAGAUUAUACAUGGCCAAGAUUUCCAAUUCUUUCCCAAAGAAUUAGAUGUCUUACAAGAAAAGGAACAGCUUUAUUUCAAAAAAAAGGUCAACUACAAAGUUACUUCUUAUGAUAUUACAGGAGAUACAAGAAAUGAAGGAAGCGAUGCCGACGAAGAAGAGGAAGGAGAAUACAUAGAUACAGCUAAUGCCGAAGGUCACAAAGCUCAUGAAGAACUAGAAAAAAGAAUUCAGGAACAGCAAGAGAAGAUCAAUUCUGCACCCGAUUUUACUGAAGAAGAUGAACUGCAGAAGCAAAAUUUGAUUUCAAAAGCGUUUAGUAAUUGGAAUAAAAGAGAUUUUAUGGCUUUUAUCAAUGCCUGUGCCAAAUACGGUAGAGAUGAUAUGAAGAGUAUUAAAACAUCUAUAGAUUCUAAAACACCAGAGGAGGUCGAAAAGUAUGCAAAAGUAUUUUGGGAAAGGUUAAGGGAGAUCAAUGGUUGGGAGAAAUAUUUGCAUAAUAUCGAACUUGGUGAAAAGAAGAAUGACAAACUUAAAUUUCAGGAAACUUUAUUAAGGCAGAAAAUCGAACAAUGUAAGCAUCCUUUACAUGAACUAGUGAUACAAUACCCGCCUAAUAAUGCAAGAAGAACUUAUAAUACAUUAGAAGACAAAUUUUUACUGUUAGCGGUUAACAAAUACGGGCUUCGUGCUGACAAACUCUACGAAAAGUUGAAACAGGAAAUUAUGAUGAGUGACUUAUUCACUUUCGAUUGGUUUAUAAAAACGAGAACAGUGCAUGAACUAUCAAAAAGAGUUCAUACGCUAUUAACGUUAAUUGUAAGAGAAUACGAGCAACCUGACGCGAACAAGAAGAAAAGAAGUAGAACUACAACGACUAGAGAGGAUACUCCUUUAUCUCCAAAUGAAAGCACAAGAGCUUCUAUAGCUCCAAAUCUUCCAUUAACGGUUGUAUCGAACCAAAAGGAUACAAGUGGUCAUAUUGAUAAAAGGUCUAAAGUCGAUCAGGAAAUAUAA